GUGCGUUGUGCAACGGCUAAAUCCGAGAUUCAAAGAGAGCUUGGCUGGCGGACGAACCGAGAGCGUAACGCAUGUAUAAAUAGACGAAGAAGCUGAUUUGUUGAAUGUAUUGGUCUAUAGAACUGAGAAAUUUCACCACAAUGUAUGGGUAGAAUGAUGUUAGCAUGCCAUGAAGCCGAUUGUAGCUCUCAAAAGUCGAAGCCGUUCGGCAGCGGCCCGAUCCCGAUGACGAUCUGUUUCACAUUUCAGGAGACAGCGGAGGGUGCGAAGUGAUUACACUCCCUCAUUGUGUUCAUUUUCCCCGGGUGCAUUCGUGUUACAGCCACGCAAUCCGUACUGGGUGCUGAGAGACAUUCAUGUGAUACUAGUGGCAUUCCAGGAAAUCAACCAGCCUUUUGGAACAUAUAUACCCCUCGAGGGGAGAGAAUGAAAAGCUCAAAAGCUCACAACAGCUGCAACAAACGAUAAGACGUCAACAUGAUCUCCAAGCUGGCAACACCAUGGAUCGUUCUUCUGGCACUGCUGCUGGUACCCACUUGGCUUGGUAGACUCGCCAAUGCCGAUGAACCUCUGCCCUCGAGCAACGAGACGGUAAUUAGACGUGGCUUCUGCAUCAUUGGCGGUGGUGCAGCGGGAACCUACGCUGCUAUUCGCCUCCGGGAGCUGGGUCAGGAUGUUGUGAUCGUGGAGAAGACAGCCCGUCUGGGUGGCCAGGCGCAAACGUACUUCGACCCAGUCACGCGCAACCCGAUCGACUAUGGCGUGAGAGCAUACGAUGAUUCUCUCGAGACUAGGAGAUUCUUCAAGCAUUUUGAUAUCCCGGUGGAAAUCGAUACUUCACGAAAAGACCUUGAGACCCUGAGAUUCGACUUCCGCACGGGGGCGUCGGUUCCGCCAUAUCCAGGCAAUACCAAGGCGGCCAUUGAGCGCUACACCGCAGAACUUCAGCGAUAUUCGUAUCUGUCUCAAGGAUGGAAUCUCUCCGAACAGGUGCCGGAGCCCCUUCUCGAGCCCUUCCGUGACUUUGUCAAAGAGCACUAUCUGGGGCCGGCGAUGGAGACAGUGACCAUGCUUAGCGAAGGGAUGCACUAUUUGCUCGACUAUGCAACUGUCUAUCUGUUGAAGAUCGUCUCGUUGAGUCGGCUGAAGGGUAUGCAAAACGGCUACCUUGUCCCCACGCGUCGCAACAUAACGGAAGUCUACGACGCGGCGCAACGAGAGCUGGCGGAGGAUCUCCUGCUCAACAGCACCGUUGUGCAUGCUCGGCGGUCAGAUGACAAGCUUCACCGACUGACAGUCGAGUCGGACAAUGGCGAGAGAGUCGUAGUUGAAGCAGAUGCGACUAUCAUGGCUCUGCCCCCGAAGACUGACGAGAUGGAUGGGCUCGACCUGGACAGUCUCGAGUCUUUCAUCAUCCGUCAGUUCCAGUACGGGUACGUCUACACGGCUCUGAUCAGGGACAGCGGUCUUCCGGAUGGUACCCGGGUUUUGAACCGCGGUCUCGAUACGCCAUAUAGGCUUCCCAGGUACCCAUGCACAUACUCCAUCCUGUCUUCAGAGGUUCCAAGUGUCCACCUAGUGACUUAUGGGAGUGCAGAAGAGAUGAGCGAGCAGGAAGUUCGAGAUGCAAUCGUCGACGAUAUCCUCCGACUCCAGGGUCUCAAUGCAGCAGAGCCAACAUUUCUUGCCUUUGCAACCCAUAGUCCAUACGACAUGUAUGUCAAUCGAGAGGCGAUCAAAGCAGGGUUCUAUCAGGAUGUGAACGAUUUGCAAGGGCAUCGCAACACUUAUUGGAUCGGAGCCGCUUGGGAGCAUCCGGACUCGUCUGCUAUUUGGAGGUCUGUUGAUCGCUUGCUCCCUGCGAUCAUCGGGGAUUGAGAUUAGAGUCUUGGCCUCCGAGGGGCCGUCGAGGCAGGGAGAAAGCGGACCUGGAGACACGCUCACAGGAAUGGAUAGCUAGACGAGCACAGAUUGUGAGACCCAUUGAUAGCUAGUUCCGCAUUGAGUAAUGAUUGUGCCGCCCUUUGUGUGUGUUCAUAUCGUAGAUAUCGUCCAAGUCAGGCCAGGUGCUUGAAUUAGGUUGC